GCCCUCUGUCUGUCCUGCAGGAGCGAGAGGGCCUGGCUCGCCGUCAGAUGCUGGAGGAGGAGAGGAGGAGGAGGGAGGACGCAGAGAAGAGGCUGCAGGACGAGACCUUCCACCGGCAGCAGCUGGUGGAGCGGGAGGUCAAGAUGAGGGCCAAGAACUUCGCUCAGGCCCGUCCUAUGACCCGCUACCUGCCCAUCAGGAAGGAGGAGUUCGACCUUCGCUCCCACGUGGAGGCGUCGGGCCACAGCGUGGAGACCUGCUACCACCUCAUCCUCACCGAGAAAAUGUGCAAGGGCUACCUGGUGAAGAUGGGGGGGAAGAUCAAGUCCUGGAAGAAGCGCUGGUUCGUCUUCGACCGCCUCAAGAGGACCUUCUCCUACUAUGUCGACAAACAUGAGACCAAGCUGAAGGGAGUGAUCUACUUCCAGGCGAUAGAAGAGGUGUACUACGACCACCUCCGCAGCGCCACUAAGAGUCCGAACCCCUCCCUGACGUUCUGCGUGAAGACCCACGACCGGCUGUACUACAUGGUGGCCCCCGCAGCGGAGGCCAUGAGGAUCUGGAUGGACGUGAUCGUCACGGGAGCCGAGGGAUACACACAGUUCAUGAACUGAGACACACAGUGCGGACCGUUUCGGCAGGGACUCUUUCUUUCCCCCCCCCCCCACAGACUCUACAGACACUUCUGUUGCCGCUCUGGCGGACACAACGCCUUGUUUGUUACUUUUUAUUUUCACACUUUUAUUUGACUAUGUAGACGUUUUCACUUCCACAUUUUCUACGUGAUUCAGCUCGGAUUGAAAAAGGGAGCCCUUGGAGGGGACACACACAUCUGUAUAUAAACCAAAACCUGUCAAAGACUUUUAAAAAGCCUUUCUAUAUUGCCAAAUGGAGACCUUUUAGUUACUAUUUGUUGAACGUUUUGUAUUUUGUUUUCAUUUCUUUCUUUGUUUUUUUUUAGAGAAUAUUGCCAAAUGACGUCAUGCCAAUGUUUGAGUGUUCCAUCAUGAGUACGUUUAGUUAAGACAGAAAGAGUUUAAAAUAAUCCGCAUUGAAAAGGGUUAAUGAAUUAUUAGAAAUAUAUUUGAAAGAAUCUUAUUGUGAAUGAAAUGUGAGAAAAAGUCAGUCAACAGGACCUGGAAAUGAUUUUAGUCGACUCUACGUGAAACAUUAUAUAUGCUCACCACUCACUUCACCUGAAUGCUGCUAAUACUACACCCGGUGCAGCAUCAGGGAUCCUGAGCUACAUCCAAUUUCUUCACAUCAUCAUCAUUGCCAGCCUAAAGCCACACAGUGCAGUGCUACAGGACACCACAGGAUCAACAAUACGGACUAAUCCUGAACUGUGCCUUGACUUUGUGUUGACAUCUACAAUCGCAUUAAUGCUGUAAAGGCCGUAUGUGGAAAGUUAGCAUUUAGCAGUUAGCAUGCCUCUAGCAUCCUUACAGGCAGAUAUACCAGAGGCCCUGAGUGCAGUGGGAAUCAGCUAAGCCCCCGGGACGAGAGCCGGACGUUAAGGAGAUGUUCCAAGUGGCCGAAUGGUGGUACUACAGUUUCUUCCUGUGACGUCAAUGGGCCAAAAAAUACAUUUUCACAUUGACUUGCAUUGGGAAAAAAAUAAAGGUAAAUCAACUAC